AUGGAGGAUAGGAACUUGGGUCUUACAGAAUCGUGUCACCCUGUAACAAUCAACGUCCCUUCCAAAAUCCCGAAGAAGUCUUACAUCUCGGCAAGGAACGACGCGGCCGCCAUCUUGCAGACUAUCCGAGUACAACAAGAACUUAGCAACGGUCACAUGCCAGCUCAGUUCAAUGGCGUCGCUGGUAGUCGUACACCCGAUGAUGAUUCCCUGGUCGACACUCAAAGCACAAGAGACUUUUAUGAUACGCCGAGUUCAACAUCAGGGUCCCGUGAGGAUAUCACAAGGAAGAAUUCAACCAGUCGAGUAUUUGACCGCAUUAUUCAAGAGGCAUCGCGUCUACCAAGUCACAUCAGCCAUAAAGUAUCUAAGAAGAUAUCCGCUCCGGAAAUGCAAGAUAUCCCAGAAGGCCUUGCUCCUCCUGCUUCAAAUGGACAUGGGCACGUUAAGAGGACGUUCCGAUGGAAAACAAAGAGAGCUGUCAGUGUACCCACUCGACCCAAGCUGGUAGCUUCACCAGGAGGCCAGCAGUCUCCCAUUUCCCUGUCGUCAGAGAGUGCAAGAAAUCGUUCGGCUUCCGCAGAUAAUCUAUUAAAACCAGAACCUAUUGGAACGCUUCAUAUACAACUAUGUCAUAGAACUCAAGAUGAGCAACUCAUAGUUACUAUUUGCAGGGCAGAGGAACUAGAAAUCACCGAUAAGCCUUAUGCAUCAGAGCCUUGUGUUAAUCCAUACGUCUAUAUUCGAGGUUGCAUUUUACCAGGACAGAGGAAAAGAUUCAAAUCGAAGAAUGCGCAACAAUUACGGAAUCCCGUCUGGAAUGAAGAAUUCAUACUUCAAGACAUCUCAUUUUCCGCUGUAUGGCAGAUGACGUUGCGCUUCUCCGUGGUCUACCGUGCUGGUCCUGGUAGCCGUCCAGUCAUGACCGGCUUCUGUAGUCUACCGCUCCGGGACCUGGAACUCCAUCAGCCUGUAGAUCGAACGCUCUACGUAAUACAGUCCAGUAGUCAAGCGUCUCCAAUGGGCGACAUCCACCUGUCCGUGUGCUACCAGCCCGACUCUUACCGCAUCGUGUUCCUUGUUUAUGGGGCUCGAGAUCUACCACGGAGCACCAUCAUCGGAACAUUACAUUCCUGUACGCGCAUUGAGAUGCUGUAUAACGACUGGCGAGUCUCGAAGCAGAAGACUCAUCUGGUUCGAGAGACGCACGAUCCUUCGUGGAACGACCAGCUUGUCUUUACUCUCCCCGAGGGUAAUAGUCGACUCCAGGGGGUCACGUUUGUUGUCUCACUCGUCCAUAGAGAUGUCGUCAAGGGGGGUCACGUCGUAGGCAGGGUUGAACUUGGCUGGUCAUCUACAUGUGAAGAGCUCGAGCACUGGGUAGACAUCAUGAACAACCCUAACCGACCAAUAGCUUCAUGGUUAGCAUUACAGAGUCCUGACUGAACAACUUGCCUAAAGACCGGGCUUAAAGACAUCACAUGUAUGUUGAAGCACUUCCGAAACACAAAGCGUUGCUUUUUUAUAACCGCUCUCCAGAUUGAAGGCUAACUCUGUUGUGGACAUUUUUUAUUUCCGGUGAGGGGGAUGCUAGACAUUCUGGAGAUUCAUAAUUCUGAGCACUCAUAUUUACUAUACAAGAGGGUUAUUACUCCUCAAAUGAAACAAGAAUCUUUUUCAUUUGAUGCCUAAUUCCAAAGGGUCGUUUAUUCAUAUGUUCAUGUAAGGAAUAUGUAGCAGGGUUUAAUGAUCCGAAGAUGAAAUAGGAUUGUGGUUCCGGAAAAAAGGGGUUUAUUAUUCCGAGAAUAAAAAAGAAAAAUGGAAAUAAAGAAAUAACAGACCCAAUUUUGCCUUGAAUUGAAUAUACAUAUAUAUAUAUAUAGGUUAAUUACAUGGUAAUUAUAAAUAUCCUUCAUAUUUCCAAAAAUAGUUCAUCAUUCCAUAUCAUUUCAAUGUUUUAUGAUUUCAUGAUUACGAGAAAAGAAAAGAAAUCACUUU